AUGGAACGCAUAUUAAAAAAAACCAUUCGAGACAUUAGACUUGACACCAAGAGUCUCGCUCGGCUGGCUGAUACCCUUGAUCGGGAUGGAGAUGGCGCACGCGUCACCACAUCCGACACAUCCACUGAAAUUGAGGGCUUAGUAGAGAUGGGUGAUGAGACAUGCACAAUGGAUCCAGUCGAUGAUCAAACAACACACUAUUCUGGUGAAUUUUCCUACUGGAAUUUCUCAAUGCGACUGAAGCAGCAGAUUGAACAGAUGGGUGGCCUAGAAAGUCAGUCUCAUGAUUCUGAUCGUGCCUGGGACUUUCCCAGGGCCCAUCAGUUACGCCCCGUAGGUAGUCACCUUUCGGCAGCAAUGUCAUGCAGUCCUCCUCGUCCAGUUGGCGAGUUCUUAGCCCGUGUGUUCUUCAAAUAUGUCGAAACGCAUUACUAUUUCAUUGAGAAGACCUGGUUCAUUGACAAGAUGAACUUGCUUUAUGAGGAUCCAAGCAGAUUCGCCACUAAGGGGGGAGAAGUCAUCAUAAGUAUCCUUCUCACUGUUUUUGCCAUCGGCUCUCAAUAUGCACAUCUCGAGUCCACUGCAUCAGGGUUGAGAGAUCAGCAGGAGCAGAGCUUCUCGGAAGAAGAUAUCGGCGCGACUUUUUAUCAACAGGCAAUUCGAUUACUGCCCGAAAUCAUCGAGCUUUCUUCUUUGGAAAGUGUGCAAGCUUGUCUUUUGUUUGGAUACUAUGCCCUACCGGUGGAUACAUCAGGACUGGGAUAUGUUUAUGUCAAUCUUGCUAUUCGACUUGGCAUGCAAAACGGCAUGCAUCGGAAAUGUGCGACCGGUGCUUUCAAUGCGACCAUGGUUGAGGCUCGCAAUCGCGUAUGGUGGACGGCAUACCUUCUUGAAAGGAAGAUAUCGAUCUUUCACGGAAGACCUCUUUCGGUACUUCAAAAGGAUGUUGAUGCUUCGCUCCCAGUCUUUUGUGAGGGAAUGGAAUCAGAAGACUCUCGGACGAGCGUUGCUCGCGCAGAAGCCUCGGUUCAACUCAUCCGUUAUCUUGAGCAGCUUUUUACCGAUGUCAACGCUCUUCGGGGUUGUCAGAGGAAUCAAAUUCCAAAGAUUAUCGCACACCUUCUUGCCAGUAAAGAAGCCUUGAAAACCUGGUGGGACUCCUUACCUAAAAACCUGACGAGCAGUGCCCUGCAGCCACUACCGCAACUACGCUCCGCCAUGCACUUCCAAUUAGAACAUUGUCUGGUGCGGAUGUUCAUUGGCAGGCCAUUCCUACUAAGACAGGAGAGUUCAGAUUCAACGAGUACCUCACCAGCGGAAUCUGUGAUCACCUCUGGGGACAAAAGGCACUCUUCCAACCGAACGCGCCUGAGCCACAAAGACCUGAUUGACGAUUGUAUUGAGUCAGCCACUGAGGCUUUGAGUAUCCUCCAAGGGCUGCGUGACAAUACGGGUCUUGCAAGAGCUUCGUAUGUCGAGUACAGCUCCUGUCGAGCAUCACUCCUUGUCUUGAUCGCUUAUUCUAUCCAACAAUUUUCUGAAAGAUAUCGCAAUUUGCUCUACAAAGGGCUCGAUAUGAUCCGGGAAAUGUCGGCAGCGGGUGAAUCAGCCCGGUCAGAAGUUUCCUUGAUCGAAACGCUGGAGCGGGCGCUUGCUCGUCUACAUGCGCGAAUUCAAAGAGCCGAGCAGGGUGGUAGCUCUCAGCUAGAGCCAUCACCUUCCGAUUACGAAGCUUUCAAGCACUGGGGGGCGAUGAUGAGGGAUGGUGUCAUCAGCACAGACACUGAUUCUGACAGGGCGCCAGUCUCUUUGGGAUCAGCUGGUAGCGCAGGACCUCUUCCUGAGCACUCUCGAGUCAUCAACCAAUCCUUCGAUCAGCCUUGGGCAUUCAAUCCCAGUCAGAACACCCUCUCAGUGUCGGAUCAGGACAUGGGCAUGCUCUGUGCUCUCGAUCCGCUGACAGAUAUACCAUUCUUUGGAGCCGAAAGUUCAUCCCCGUCGGCAGCUUGGCCUAUGUGGACUGAAGCGCAAGUAUUGGAGCAGUUUCUAUCAGGCUCACGCCUUGACUCGAUCUCGGAGGCCGACGCAUCUCAUAAUUGA